AUGUCCGGUGCAGCCAACUAUUCACGCUUGGUCUUCGAUUAUGACCCUGCAAAUCCAACCCUCUACGAGAAAAUCUUCUGUGUCAACCCCCCUCCGGACAUCUGUCCUUUUGGACCUUGUCCAAAUAGCGAUGUGACGGGAAUUGGACAGCAAGUAUCUAUCUAUAUAACAACCGUAAUAUAUGCCAUCGUCCUCGUCUACAUACCAUGGCUAGGACGGCCGAUGCUCUACGCGCACCUCAGCGUCAUCUACUCCCUCCUGAUCGCAGCCCUCAUCUCAAUCCUCAAAACCAGUCUCACCCAAAACGACGGCGUCUUCGUACUCGUCUCCGUCGCCUCCCCAGCAACACUCUACCUCUGGUACCUCUCCAUCCGGUCAAUCUGGAGUCCCAAGUGGUUCCCCGUCGACCUCCCCGAGAAGCACAAAUCGACCGAGUUUCAGAUCCUGCGGGUGUUGACGAUACUCAGCUUGGCGUUUACGAUUGCGUUGGUGUGCCUGAUGUAUGUCCCCUCGGAGAAGAUCAACUUUUCGCAGCCAGCGUGCAGUCAGGUGUUUGGGAGAGAGUUGUGGUACAACAUCGCGUGGCAGCUUCCGUGGGUUAUCCAAGUCGCGUCGAUAGCAGUGCUAUUCUUUUUCACUUUGGCUGUAUCGUGGAUUUGGAGUCUCAGACGGAGAUACGAGGUGCCUCCAAAAUCUCACCUCCUGUCCUACAUGGAACCAACCGAUUUCAAGGUCGACCCUUAUGCCAUCAACCCUCCGAUGCGACAAAACAUCGACAUCGUCACCUGGACCGAAGGCAUCCUGCACGACGUAUACCCCCGAUUCAUGAACCCGACUCUCAGCUCCUCCAUCGUCGCCAUCAUGCAGUGGAACAUCGUCCCCGCCUGGAUAUGGGUUAUACCGAGCAAAGACACCAUCGCCUUCUUCAUCCUCGCCUACGGCCUAUUUCGCGAACCACCCAAGCCACAUGAACCACACCCAUGGAUGAUUUGGUACAUACGCAUGAUAGUACUGGUUGCUGCUGUGGCCGCUGUGUUGAUCUGCCACAAAAUCCAGAUCCUCAGCCUGGUCGACUGGGUUUUCAUUUUCGUGGUUAUCACGAGUAUCAUUUGGAGCGUCAAGAACUUCACUUAUCGCAACAUGAAAGUCUUUCUACCAACGAUCCUAUCCCUAUCCAUUCCAAUCGUCUUCGGAGCUCAAGUCCUGACGUUCGUCCUCGGCUCAUCCAAAGCCUUCUCUCGCGAAGCACAGGAGAACCCACUCGACAUCGCAAGUACCACGAUGCCCUUCAUGAUCAGCACCGUCUCGAUGGCUUGGUGGCUGAUUUCAUGGAACGCCACGGCGUUUUGGCCGUGGAAAGUGUACCUGCUACCGAAGGAAUUCAGUAAAGCACUGACACCUCGAACGCAUCUCCUCAAGUUCUUCUUCCUCGUACUCGGACCGCAUAUCCUCUGGGUACAGGCGUGUAUUGGGUCGAAUCCCACCGGGUCCACAGAUAUGACUUUCGGCCAGAUCUUCGCUCUAAUCGUCUCCCUCGUCUCAAUCCUCACCAUCUUCGACGAAGCGAAGGACGUACCCAAGAAAGCCUGGCUCGCAGCCUUCUCCUCCCGGCGCAUGCCACCAAUCAAGCACCCAUCCCAACGAGACGACACCAAUCUCGACAACGACUCCUCAAUCCCUCUCCAAGACGGACAUAGCUUCGGAGGGUAUGAAGGAAACCGGAACAACGUUAGUAUGGGCUUGAGAGGGGCUGGAAUAAGCAAAAGCGCCACCGGUAUCCACAGAGGCUCAUUGGCAGGCUCAUUGGCGGUCGACCCGUGGUCCAACGAAGUCGAGAAAGGCCUGGAGAGCGCGUCGUUGAUGAAACAUCGCUUCACGGAAAGUUCGUCGUAUCUGGGGUCGUAUUAUGGUGGUGGUGACAAUUCGACGGUGGCUUCUGAUCGACAGUCGGAGACUGGGAGCUUUGGGAGUACGACGAAGCUGGAGCCGUUGAGGGGAGUGGGGCCGUCGGAUGUCUCAAGUCACGUUUUGGGGGAGAAAGUUGGGCGUAAGGCCAGUCUGACUCUGCGACUCGAUUCGAAACCCAUUUCUCGUCGUAUUGUUCUUACUGACGACACGUUGACCAGAGGCAAGGCGCUGGCGUGCAUCCUUUCGGACGGAUUUCAAUACAUCUUCGCGGUCAUGGAAUGUGUAGACGCAACGUCCGACAAGUACGAGCUCUAUUACUAUAACAGCUUCCUUUUCAUCCACGAUCGUGUGCCGGCCUUGGACAAGGCAAAGAAGCUGCUCGCCAUGAUGGUGUGCUGGGUGGUACUGACGCCAGCGGGAAUCAAAAACAAUCAGUCGGGGAUCUGA